GUCAAAUAUGAGAAUACGUUUCAUAACUAUGGAUUGAUGCAGAAGUUGAGCAGAGCACAGAGAUGGAAGGCUAUAAAUAGGAGAGAAAAGGAUGGGGAGAGGCAUCAGAACAAAAACAAGAAGAUGACGAAGAUGAAUGCGAGAGUGGUAGCGGUGGUGAUGCUGAUGGAGGUGUUGUUCAUGGGGGCUGCCAUUGACGCCCUGAACGUGUGUGGUGUGUCGUCGACGGAUCUGCUUAAGUGCUUGCCGGCGGUGACACCUCCAUCGCCGUCGGAACCUUCGAAAGAGUGCUGCUCGGCGGUAGAUCUAGUAGACCUGAAGUGUCUCUGCGCUUUCAAGAGUUCCCCUCUGUUGCCUGCCCUGCAAAUCGAUCCCGAUCUCGCCCUUCAGCUUCCCGCCAAGUGCAAACUUGGCAAAACUGUCCCCUGUUAG